AUGGCCAAUGCUGAACUUCUCGCGCAGUGGUUUCCGGACGCCCCAGCCAAAGCACCAGGCCUACGGGGGCAGUCCGUAUUUUAUCGCAACCUGGAGGAGCAGCUUGACACACGCCGUGCAGAGCAGGCUGUGUUUUACAUGCGCACCAGCGAGCCAGCGCCAGGUAGCAUCGAUUUCUCGACACUGGACUUUCUAGGUCUCACGCACAGUGGUUUGAUCCGACAGCCUUUCUUGGAUGAGCUGGCUGCACAUCCGAAGUUUCGGCUCGGGGCAGGCGGCAGCCGGUUGCUAAAUGGCAACAAUGCGUACAUCGAGGAAGCAGAAGCCAUCAUUGCCGACUUCCACGAGGCGGAUACAGCACUUCUGUUCCACUCCGGAUUUGAAGCAAACGUAGCCAUCAUGUUGUCCAUCCCGCGACCUGGUGAUGCCAUUGUCUAUGACGAGCUCGUUCAUGCCAGCCUGCAUGAGGGCAUGCAGGGCAGUAUGGCGCCGUGUAAGAUGUCGUUCCGUCAUAACGAUGUCGACAGCUUCCGUGAGACUCUCGUACAAGUGCGGGAAUCGCAGCAACGGAUCAAAGAGGGCAAGAACUCAGUGCUUGUCGUUCUCGAAUCCAUGUAUAGUAUGGACGGGGACGUAGCGCCACUGAAGGAGUUGCUGCAGGUUGCGGACGAAUUGUUUCCCGAGGGCAACGCACAAUUCUUAGUCGACGAGGCGCACACCACUGGAGUUUACGGCCGACAAGGCCGCGGCUUUGUUGAUUACAUUGGCGUCGCUCACAAGGUCGCUAUCCGAAUGCACACUUACGGAAAGGCCAUGGCCUGUACGGGAGCCGCCGUGGUGUGCAAAGCGCCCGUGCGCGACACACUGAUCAAUUUCGCGCGAGGGUUCAUGUACUCUACCGCACCAUCAUUCCCAAUGGUGGCCGCCAUUCGGGCAGGCUAUAAGCUGCUCAUGACGAACCAGACACAACAUCUUCAAGAUCAGAUCCAGAACCUAGUCAGGCACUUCUUUCGCGCUCUCGAGAUGAACCCUGUCUGGGAAGAGGCGAGCGAUGAGGGGAUGCUCAAAAUUCCCAACAUGGAGGACUGGGAGAGCAAAACGCACGUCACGCAUGUGGUCCCCAUCAUGACGCGGCAGCGGUAUACUGUCUACCUCUGCUGGCAUCUUCAGCUGUCCGGUAUUAACUGCUUCCCCAUCGAUUACCCAGUGGUACCGCGAGGCAUGAAUCGGCUGCGCGUGGUGUUCCAUGCACACAACACUGAGGCUGAAGUUGAGAAGCUUGCGUCUUGCCUGUGUGAGUGGGCGACAGAGAUGAUGGAAAUUGAGGAAAGCAGAGACAAGGGAAGAUUGCCCGGUGCGGCACGCCAAGUCAUUGAUGUUAAAGCUGCAAAGCGUUAG